GAGCAGCAGGCCUUUCAUUUCGUCCUGCGCAAGAUUGUAAUUUCGAGCAUCUCUGGUCGCUCGUAGAAAAAGUUGCUCAAAGUGGUCACGAUGUUGCCAUCGAUGAGUCCUUCAUGAUAACAGUUCAAAGAGUUCAAAUGAUUACUGGUAAGGGCCGAGUAACUGUGGACUCCUACGAGCGUUUCACUUUGAGUAAAAAGUCUAUUGUUAUAAUUACCAAUAAUGAUAAUUUAUGUCUACCUCGAGCUCUGGUUGUAGCCUUAGCGCAUUAUAAGCGUAGUGAUAGUCGUGCAGGAUUGUUUCAUAAUGAAUUUCGUAGACUAGCUCAUUCCAGACUAAAUAACAAAUUACAACUUGAAGCUGCGCGGAAAUUGAUGACAGAGGCCGGAGUAGAAAUACCUCCCAAAAAUCGAGGUAUGGGGCUGAGAGAACUUGCGAUUUUUCAAAAAUUCUUUAAUCCUCAAGGCUUAGCAAUAGAGGUCUACGAAUCUAAAGAACUGGGUGGUCGUAAAUUGAAACCCGUAUAUGACGGUCGUAGUGAAGUUUUAAAGCACGGUGCGGAUCUGUCGGGUACCAUGCGUUUGAUCCUUAACGAAAAUCAUUUUGACGUAAUACUGAACAUGACCGGCGCUACCGCGAUGAAAAAAUUUUGUUACGCCUGUCGGGCCACUUAUAACAGAGAACACAGAUGCGAGGGAACGUGUCCAUUGUGUCGAGCAUCCCCUGCUUGUAAUAAUAAGAUGUUAGGUGUUAAAUGCUUGAAAUGUCGGCGUACAUUUCAUGGUAACGAUUGUCUUGCUAAUCACCUCAAACGAAACUCAUAUGCUAAGUCAAAAUCUAUAUGUGACGCAAUAAAAAAUUUUGAGUAUUGUGGAAUAUCAAUCAUGACUAAGAAAAGGCUUAAGCAUAGAUGUUACGAACGCUAUUGUCAUACGUGUCGUGUUAAUAGGCCGCUGAGGCAUUGGUGUUACAUAGCACCUCUAAAGAAAAAUAUUCAAUUAGCCAAGCAAAAAGAAAACACACCUGUAAAAGAAAAUCUUUUUGUAUUUUACGAUUUUGAAACGAUGCAGGUUCGCGAGCAGAUGGGAAACCCGGAUGUUAAAGUUCACGAUGUUAAUCUUUGUGUAGUUCAAAAAGUAUGUGAAAAAUGUAUGUACAAUAAUGACAUGUCCUACCUCUGUAGUUAUUGCGGUAUUCGUCAAUUCGUUUUUGAUCAUGAACCCUUAAAACAGUUUAUAGAUCUCGUUAUAGAUAUGAAAGAUUUCAAACAGGUGAUAUGUAUAGCACACAAUGCUCGGGGGUUUGAUGCUCAAUUUGUACUGAAAUAUAUUGUAGAGACACUGAAAAUAACUCCACAGAUUAUAUUGAACGGUACUAAUAUCCUUGAGAUUUCUUUUGAAAAAGUUAGAUUCUUAGAUUCUUUAUGUUACCUAAGUAUGCCGCUAUCCGGAUUUUCAAAAACUUUCAAUCUCCCUAGCUCGUUAGUCAAAGGAUAUUUUCCUCAUCUAUUUAACAGACCUGAAACUCAACACUACGUCGGGCCACUACCAGACAUAUUGUUUUAUUCCCCUGAUACGAUGAAGAUUGUAAAUCGUGCCAAAUUUUUUACCUGGUACGAUGAACUUUUCAAAACCGAAUACGUGUUUGAUUUUGCUGCCGAGAUUAAACGAUAUUGUAUAUCGGAUGUGAAUCUUUUGAGACAGGGUUGUUUAUCUUUUCGUAAGAUGUUUCUGGAGAUCACUGAAAUUUGCCCGUUUGCGAAAGCUGUAACCAUCGCAUCCGCAUGUAGUGUUGUUUACAGAACUAACUUUUUAAAACAAGACAGUAUCGGUAUUAUCCCCAAAAGUGGUUACAGAGGAUUUGAUAACCAGUCGAUCAUUGCAUUAGAAUGGUUUGCGUGGAUUGAGCAUGAACGCGGAUAUCGCAUAAAGCACGCAGGUCGUGGUGCUGAAAAGGUGUUACCCGGUGGCUUGAAGGUAGAUGGAUAUUAUGAAUCAGAUAGUGAAAAAACAGUAUUUGAAUUCUACGGUUGUUGGUUUCACGGUUGUCCCAAAUGCUAUCCUAGCGAUCGGGAUAAAGCAAAUAUUGUUAAUGAUGUGUGGUUAACUCUGAAUGAGCGAUAUGAACGCACCAUGUUAAAGUCGUCACGCAUUAGAACAUUAGAAUCUGGGAACAUGAAUACCGUCAUUUACGAGCCACGGAUAACAAGUGUAAAAACUUUAUCGAACACGCGGUGCCACCAGUUUUAAAAAAGAGUCGCCUCGCUCCGAGGCA